UAAGGCGCGCGCGCAUGCCGAUUACAUUUUGGAAGGAGAGGUCGAGCUGUAGUGUCUAUAUCUGUCAUAGAUACGCCGGAUCGGCAAUUGUUCUUACGUGUACACACAACAUUAAUAAACACACGUUGUUUUGGAAAAAUUCAAACAACUUUAACGCUUUUUUCUCUGUGUGUGAAAAAAUCCGUGUACGUUGCAGUUCAUUUGGCAUCGAUUAAGUUAUAUUAUAUAUGUACACGCACGGUCGUAAAAGAAUUUAACGCAAGAACUAGAUCGACAUAACAAUAUCGCAAGACAUUUUUUUUAUUGUUUUUGUUUUGAAUAGCGUUUGACGUGGAAGACCGGUGCUUUUUUUCUCAUUUUUUCUUUUGUUUCAAGCAACGAAUGUAGAAGAGAUUUUUCAUUUCUCACGAAAUAGUAAAAGGUGAAAACUGAGAAUUGGUCACCUGGUAUUAUUGUAUACUCAUUAUAGGACUAUUAAAGGCUUCCCCCCUCGGUGGGUCUACCCAUCGUCUAACGAGUAAUUGGAAGCUAUAUACCACAGCGCAGCAGUGAAUUUCGGGAAACCACCUGCGCCUCAUUUGGUGCAUCUCUACCUCUCCUUUCUCCCACCAUCAUCUCUCUUCGGCUUUAUCUCGCGCUCGACUCUUUUUCUCCGGCACGUGUGCGUGUGUGUGUGUCGGUUUUCGGGCUUAAGCUCUCCCGCGCACUGUCUAUCUGUGCGGCUCGCAGCACCGGGCCUCCUAUAUAUAAAUACAGUGGCUUUACCUGCUCGACACGCAUUCGUAGUCUGACUGCGUUCGAGUGCUAGUCGCUGUCAAGUUUCGAUAAAAACGGUGUGUGCCAGUGUACAGGCACGACUUUUUCUAUUUCUCUGUGAAACGUGGACCGCCGGUCCGACCGAGACUUUUUACUGGCUUGUUUAGUUUUUUUACCUCAGAUGAAAAUUAUUUGUGAAAAUAUGGCUGUUAUUAUUAUGUAUCAUCAUAGCAACAUGAGUGCCAAAAUCUUCAACGGUAAAUCUUGAUAAUUGUGUGCGGCUGUUUCCAUCCUCUUUUAUAGUUCUGUCAGCAAAAAAAGUGGUGUUUUCGGUGUCCUUAGGGUGCACCGCAGUCAUUGUUAAAUUUUUUUAAAUUUCGCAUAACACCACACAACGCAAAGAAAAAAAAGACGUUACACAAGAGUUCAUAGUUCAAUCAGUUCAAUCAGUUCUUUUCACCAUGCCUAUCAUCGCCGACUUUGUUGAGACCAUAAGGACAAUUCAUAUUGGACAUUUUCAAAAGCCGCAGAAAGCAAUCAUGGACCUGCCCGAAAAGCUCUCCUUCUCCACCGAGCUGAAGCUUCCGAAGAGUCUGAAACAACGUCAGCCUCUGUCGGCGACGCGGAAAAAUUGUUCAUCCGAAGAGCCCAUGCCCAAGCUAUCCAAGCUGAACAUCAGGAAGCGCUCGAUCGGGUCGAGGCGCAUCUGGCAUCCGUGCGUCUGCAGCGCGAGGAAGCUGCCCCCCAACGCCGACAAGCUGGCCCUGGCGCUGUCCUUCGAGCUCGAGAGCGACGACGGCCAGAAGCUGAAGCAUCAGAGCGUCGAACCGAUCCUGGUCCCCAAGAACGCGACCAUCUAUCGGACCGUGUCGCGCACCCGGCCCUACUCCUUCGGCAUCUUCGUGCACGAGGUGCCGCUGGUCUACCUGAGCGGCCGCGACGAGACCGAGUGCCAACGCUACAUGUACAAGAUCCGACGGCUGCUGAGACCGAGGAGAAUACGUCGUCUCGACGACUCCUUCGAGGUGUCCAUCAUCGACAACAAGCAGUCGCGCUCUCAUGGCUUGACUGGUCUCCACGCAGAUAUGAUUGUCCGACGAAACGGUAUUUAUUUCAAAGACGUUCACGACGGUGCGAUGCUGCUCUACAUGUGCUGGAAGCAAAUCAAAGGCGCUUCUGUCGCUCAUCCCGAGACGACCGACGGCGAUUUGGAUAACCAGGUCAUCCUGCACACCACGGAAAUGUUCGACACCGACCGUUGCGACAUCAAGUUCUUCUGCGAAGAAGGCGAUCAAUUGGUCCGUUUGAUCAAAGCCUCGGGCAAAGUGUACCGCGAGUUCCGCUUAAGGCCGUUGAGCGACAGUGUCAGCGAGGGCGACCUAACAUCGUCGCCAGCCCAGUCGUGUAAUCCGAAGAAGAUCAAGACCUUCGAUAUCAAGCAAACCAAGGUGGACGAGUCCAAGAGGAUCAUGAAAGCUCCGGCAUGGGAUUUGAUUUUGAACCGGUCUGGAAGCGAGGCCAAGCUCAACAAGAACAAUAGCAGCGGCCUUAGAUUCCCGAACUUGAGGAUUCAGUCCAUCCCGAGUCCAAGUGUAACAACCAGCUGCGAAGAACUAGAGGAAACAGCCACCAAAUCUGACUCAAACGCGACUACGACAGCCGCUAUUCCAUUCUCAAACCUUAGAAUUCAGCCUGUCUCGCCUCCUAGUGCAACAUCAAGUUGCGACGAGCUCGAGAAAAUAAAAACUAUCUCCGGCUCGGAAAAACUCGAGAAAAUAAAAACCAUCUCCGGCUCGGAAAAACUCGAGAAAAUAAAAACCAUCUCCGGCUCGGAAGAACUCGAGGAAAUAAAAACCAUCUCCGGCUCGGAAGAGCUCGAAACAAUAUCGAGCAUAUCCCACUGCAAGGAAUCCGAGAAAUCAACAGUCUCUCGCCGCGACUCGAAUGUGUCAAUGUGUUCGGGUAUCUACGAGGAAAUAGCCGAAUCCCAUCUCGGCUCGGUUUGCAGCUUAGAAUCCAGGCAUUCUAAUGUUUACGAGAAUCUUAUAGACUUCGUAUUGAAUUUGGCGGAGAAACUCGAACCACCACCCCUGCCACCGCGUUCUAGAACCAUCUCGAGCUCGACCACCAGCACUUACGCCGGGGGCAGCAUCAGCGACUCGGGCUUCGAGUCCGAGGGUUGCAUUUUGCCUUACAACGACGAUAACUACCUGUCGGCAGCCGAGGACAAGAGCCCGAUCAAAUCCAUCAAGAGCAGAGAGCCGCCCCGCGACACGUCCGAGUACGUACCUAUGAUGCCACGAACGACUCAGAUGAUAAUGCAAGAUAAGCAAAAGAAGCGGGCGCAAAACACCAGCUCCGAAAGCAUUUACGUGGCGAUGCGAUAAUAAGCAUUCAUGACAAUUACCACUCUUAUAUAGAUCAAGUUUUAUAUUUUUAACGUUAAUUUAAGGUAUACUUUUAUUCGGUAUUGCUUCGCAAAACGCGUAUCGGUAUAAAUGCAAAUUUUUUCCCCGACGACCAAUUGCAUUGGAGCCGCUUACCUUGACAUCAGGGCUCAGGCAAAGGGACGCUAAGAAAGUUUGACGUGUUUUUGUGUGUGUGUAUGUGUGUGUAUAUGUUUAUAGCGUGCAUGUACGCGUGUUAAAAAAAUACGACGCUAAGUCGAUCGAAUCACGACAAGAUUUCGUCUUCGACUUUGUGACAUUGAUGCAAUCUCGCUUGCUCAAGCAAUUUUUUUAUGAUAGUCGCCAAAUUUUAUCUCAGUCUUAUAAUGACAAAAAAGACUCGAAAUGUAUACUAUAUAUGUCUACGAAAGUCAAUUGCCGAUCAACAUUACUAAGGAUAGAAUUUUAAGGAUAGAUUACGUCUAUAUUAUAACUUUGAAUGUUUGCUUCUAUAGCUUUGAAGAAAUGUGAUGCUUUAGCAUUCAAUUUAUUUCUAUUCGCACGACAGAGUGACACGCCGCAAUUUUUUUACAUUUUUUUCAUACUCUUAAGUUCUGGUUUAAUCAACUGUUUAUAUACUCAGUAUACAUGCAUCUUGUGGACCAGUAAUGAAAGCAGUAUAAUGAUACUUGUUGUCGAUAGGUACUGCACUGCCAAUAAGUAUAAUUCAAUACCAUAUAUUUGAAUCAUAUCAUAUCAACAAAAUCCAUGCCAUUUACAUGAUCUAAAUGAUAAAUGAUAUAGGAUUUCCUAUUUCUACUUUGUAACAAAACUUGUACAAACUAUUGUGAUAAAGCAUACUCUGUUCAUAGAAGCAUUUAGACAAAUUUUAGACAAAAAUUGACAAUGAACAAUGACAAGUACAUUGUUUAACUGACGCGUGCCUCAAAAUCUCUUCACUAAAGUAUUACUAAUGUUUGUUACAGGCAAGCUUGUUAAAAUUAGAUAAUUAUAGUUACGUUGCGCAAAUUCAUAAUUUGGCAUUUUUUUAUAAAUGUUAAUUGAUUAUGAAACUGCUAGUAAGUGUUGCUAAUCCUAAGUAUGUGAUUCACUUACAGCUAAGCGUAUAGACAAAGUUAUUUGCAAGUAUUUGAAAAAUUGAAAGUUCUGGGCAUUUUUAAUUUUUGUUCAGCAAUUAUAAAACUAUGUCUGCUUUCAAAAAAAUUUCAGACAAAGCAUUUCCUCUGUUGAAAUGCGCUAAAGAAGAAUUGUGAUAUAUAACAUAAACCUGAACUAAUCGAAAGACUAGAUUCAGAUAAUCAAAUGAAAUUUGCUUAUUAUUGAGUAAAAUUUUCACUUGAUUUUACUUGUUACUAAAACAGAUCAAUUAUAUUUAAGGCUAAAAAAAGGCUCUCUAUUUGUUGCAUUUAUAUUACUGAGUUGUAAUAAAAGUAUACGUAAUAUCAUUUGAAUGUAUAAAAAUAUAUUUCAUUUGUACUCUGAACAAAUGCAUAAUUGGUAGUUUGUUAUGAAAUACUAUAAAAGAAAUCUCUUGAUAAUAAAAAUCUUGCAGCUUAA